CGCCAAACAUAAGGGUCAAUUUUUGUCACUCUCUCUUUUAUCAAUACUGCUAAUGCCUUUUUGUGCACUUAUUGGAUUUUUAGCAUUCACAUACUGGACAGUAUUCACAUAAACCCUUCUCAUGAAUUUAGUUUACAAUUUUCAUCCACAAAAUAUAUUGUUCCCAAAUUCUUGCUGGAGAAAACCAAUUUUUAAACGAAGAAGACUGCAAAUUGUGAAUACACAAAAUAAGAAGAAAUGUUUGCGUUGCAAUACUCUUUAUGAAGACAAAGAUAAUUCCCCAAGUGCCUGCUCUUUCCAUGGCCACACCAAUGGAGAUAAAGGACUAUUUUCCCUAGCACCACCUCACCAAGGGAUCGAUGGAGAAUGGAGCGAUGGGUCUGGCGUAAUCGUCUAUAAAUGGAACGACAAAGAUAAGAGGCCAAAUACAGGAAGAAAAAACUGGAAAAAGAGAUGGAGUUGUUGUGCUGAGUAUGAUGAAAAUGCUCCACCUUGUAGGCAAGGAUGGCAUGUCUCGUACGAUGAUGGUUUCACGUUAUAUUAGAUGUAUUUUGUAAAUAGGAUUAGCUUAAGAUUUUGAUGUAUAGCUAUAGAAUUUGUUCAUCGCUAAUUCUUGUUUUGUUAGUACUGAUAAGUGUGUAAUGUGUUUAGGAGUAUCUAAGAAGACAAUGUAAAAAGUAGCUUUCUUGGAGGAGUCUGUAAUAACAAGAUGUUGAACCUUUAUAUAAUAAAAAAAAAGGGGUAAAGGGCCAAAUAUACCCCUGUACUAUCGGAAAA